AGAUUUCAUAAACCGCCCUUUCAGGAAUUCGAAAAAACGGUCUCAAUCUGAAAUUCCUGCUGAUUUGUGCCCGUUAUAAGGAAUGGGAAACUCCCCGCUUCAGUUCGGUACCCUUAAUCGGUAAUUUUGACAGUUUUGUGUUGGUUCCGGACCGAAAAGGCGCUUCAUUUGAACUUCAAAGACUUCAAGCAACGAUCCUUCAUCAUAUCAACUCUGAACUAACAUUAGUGGCAUUCAAUAUUGUUUCGACAAUAAAAAGUUAGUGGCAACAGUGGUAACCAAAUGCCAAAGUGAAUGUCGAUGGAAUGUUUACCUUUUGCAAGCCCCAACAUGGAUGUAUUUAAACUAAAAACGGGCAAUCCGGAGUUCAAAGAUCGGCAGAAAAAGGUCUUCGACCAAUUGAUGGUGUUGGAAAACAACCGCAAAAACACAAACUCGUCCAGUGACAGCGCCGGAGGCCCGCGAGAUGACCGCAGUGCUCAACGUAGCCAAACGCGGGCUUUCAGAGGAAAAGAGAGCAUUUUCAAACGGCCCCAGAACCCCGCACCUAAAAGCUACAUCAACAAAAUACCAGACUUCAAGAAAAACCCGCACAAAUGGACAAGGUAUUCCCUUGAAGACGUCCAGGAAGUUACAGAAGAAAGCAAUGCCAAAUCCGCGAUGGAGUUCCUACGGGAGCUGGCAAACCGGAAAAAGCUGGAGAAGGGAAUCGUUGAGGAGAAGCUGGGGGAAUUGCCCUCGAAAAUCGUCUUCAACAAGCACAUUCGGCUGACAGAAACAUCAGGCACCGCUGAACCUGUGAUGAUAAUGGAAAAAGCUCCGACAAGCUCUGAACCAGCGCAAAAACCCUCGUAUAAAAACGCAAAGCUAGUGAUGCCCGAGUAUGUGAUUGGACAGAAAGUGGCCAAAAAGGAAAAAAGAUCCGGUAAACCCAAACCGGUCAAAGGAAAAGAGCUCAAACUGGAUCAUCUCAUGAUUGAAGGAGACUAGAGAUUUACCCAGUUUAAGUCAUAAGGCACAUUUAGGGCUAGUGAAAUGCGAUAAUCUCCAUUAUAGAUUCAUUGGCUAUUAAACUUAGGUAAGAGCUAUA